CUCGCGACAAUGCUUAUCCCCAAGGAAGACCGCAAGAAGAUCCACGAGUACCUCUUUCGCGAGGGUGUGCUCGUGGCCAAGAAGGACUUCAACCUUCCCAAGCAUGGCGACAUUGACACCAAGAACCUCUACGUGAUCAAGGCCCUCCAGUCCCUGAACUCCCGCGGCUUCGUCAAGACCCAGUUCUCGUGGCAGUACUACUACUACACCCUCACCCCCGAGGGUCUGGACUACCUCCGUGAGUGGCUCCACCUCCCCGCCGAGGUUGUCCCCGCCACCCACAUCAAGCAGCAGCGUUCCCACGCUCCCCCUCGUGGUAUGAUGGGUGGUGAGGAGCGUGAGCGUCGUCCUCGUGCUCCUCGUGAGGGUGGCUACCGCCGCCGUGAGGACAACAAGGAGGGUGGUGCCCCCGGCGAGUUCGCCCCCAGCUUCCGUGGUGGAUUCGGCCGUGGCCGUGGUGCUCCCUCUUCUUAAGAGUGUCGCCUGCUGGUCUUCCAAGGGUCUGAUGGGAUCGUUGCCGGUGCGGCUUGAGUAGGCUUUUCUUUGAAAGAAGUCAGAAAUUGCCGUGCUGCUGCACAUCCUUAAAAAGAAGUUUAUGCCUUCUGCUGUCUCGAUGUCACGAAAUAGUUAGGAUUAAUGGCAUGAUUUCAUGAUAC